UAUAUUAAUUGAAGUGCCUGAAGGCGAAGAGGACGGUUCGUGUCCCAGUUGCUCAUCACAGCCUGUAGUUCACCUCUGAAACCGUUUUAUCCUUUUUUUUUGUUUUGUGAGGAAUCCCUACGCCACCAUGAAUCCGCCCUGUGGAAGAUGCAAGAAACCAGUUUACCCCACAGAAAAAAUAAACUGCCUUGAUAAGUAUUGGCACAAAGGUUGUUUCAGCUGUGAGGUAUGCAAGAUGGCCCUGAGCAUGACGAACUACAAAGGAUUUGACAAGAAGCCUUACUGCAGUAUGCAUUACCCCAAAACCUCCUUCACCAUAGUGACCGACACCCCCGAGAACCUGCGUCUCAAACAACAGAGCAUGCUCAACAGCCAGGCGCUCUAUAAGGAGGACUUUGAAAAGAACAAGGGGAAAGGUUUCAGCGUGGUGGCCGACACUCCAGAGAUGCAGAGAGUGAAGAAGACACAAGACCAGAUCAGUAAUGCUCUUUACAAGGAGGACUUUGAAAAGAGCAAGGGGAAAGGUUUCAGUGUGGUGGUCGACACUCCAGAGAUGCAGAGAGUGAAGAAGACACAAGACCAGAUCAGUAACAUAAAGUACCAUGAGGAAUUUGAGAAGAGCAAAAUCCGAAGUGACGCACCUCCUCCCGAAAACAGACAAGACUACGAAGAGCAGCCACCCAACCCUGAAAGAUUCAGGCAGCCAGCCGGACAAGUGCACCCUGCUGCUGUAGCACCACCUAGUGGAGCGAAGCGUUACCAGGCCAUGUACAGCUACACGGCAGCAGAGGCAGAUGAGGUUUCUCUCCUGGAGGGGGAUGUGAUCCUGGACGUGGAGCCCAUAGACGAGGGGUGGGUGUUCGGAUGCAACCAGCGCACAGGGCAGCGGGGAAUGCUCCCUGCUAACUACGUCCGACCUGUGUGAAGCAAACAGACAUUAGGCCGUCCGUUUCCAGCAUGAGCUACCCUGUGAAUCUUCUGUCACCACCUACAAUCAGGCCUCUUCUCGAAAUUACCUUUUGCAAAUGAAAAAAAAAAAAAAUAGCUGUUCAAAAAAAAAAAAAAAAAUCUUCCCUGCCUGGUCCUGCUUUGGUUUUCAGAUAUGUUAUGGGUUCCUGAAAAAUUAGGUUUUAUGUUAUAGAAACUAGGAGGAAAGCAGAAAGAAAAACAGAGGAAAUAAAAAAUUAUUAACUACAAUACUUCACACGUAUAAUUUUAUCUUUCUCAGGUAAUAUUUACCUUUUUAUGUACAAGUGCAGCCUUAGCUUUGGACUGACUAACAGAUGCAGUUACUUGUCAAAUCAGUGUGUAAUGUCCUGUUUGUAUCACUAACUGCUUGUAAUUCCCUUAAAAUGCUUGUUUGAUAUAUUGAAUAAGAGAAACUCAUAUUAAAUCCUUUUAAGCUGAUUCGAUUAAAUAAAAUGUAACCUGUUAAUUAGUUUUUUGAAGCUGA